AUGCCGCUGAGCAAUGAAGUCUGGCGCUGGCAGGCCACGCAUCAUGGCGGACGGCGUUUCUGCUGUGGUUUCAAGGCCAAUGAAGAAGCAAUCGCUUUGUUGGGAAAGAAAGAUGCCUUGGCAGCGCUACAAACUCUCCAGCAGUUUCCGACACAUGCCACGCUGGCAUGCUAUGGUCGGUUCACCCAAUCUGAGGUGGGCGUGGUCUUCAUGUACCUCGCAAAGAGCAGGCAUGGGCUAAAGGAACAGCUGGAAGAAGCAGCCAGUGAAGCCUUUCGAGUCGCCGAGAAGCUGGCAGAGAAACGGACGCAGAGAAGUGGUGGAAAAGGUCGAAAAGCAGGGCAGGAAAAAUCCUCCGCCGAAAGUGAUUCGGAGGUGGCAAAGUCCAACAGCAAGUUGGCGCAAAGGCAUUUGGAAGCCAAUCGCCUGAACAUCGAGGGCAUCCACUUGGAUCGCCUGUACCGUUGGGACGAGGCAGCAGCUGUUUUCCGCAAGGCCAUGACAGUGAUGCCUCACUUCGACCCACGCACGGCCAACAAUUUGGCCAGUGUAAUCUACAAGAAUGCCACGUAUCGUUCCUCCGGUUGGACUGAGGCCUCGCCCUUCUACCGCGAGGCGCAGAAGUUGUUGCAACGCGCCUUGAAACUGCUGCCAGGCCCAUCUGUAUAA